GUCGCGCACGCAAUCCGCCAGACACACACGCAACAAGAACAAGACACAACAAACAAACACGACGAACAGACGCUCGCACGCCUCCUGCUGUUGUGUUUGGAGCCCUCUUCCCGUCUUCCCGUCUUCCCGUCUUCCCGUCUUCCCCUCCUCAUCCAUACAACUACACUCAUUGACCCCUCCCCCCCCACAAUGUUGUUGACGUUGUUGGGGAUGCUGGCGAACAUGGUUCGCGCCCUACACACCAAAACCGUGCGCGUGUCACACCGCUUGACCUGCAUCUCAGACGGCACGGAGCGGCCCCUGGUUGGAAAGAGCACAUGCUUCCACCGCCUCGACGUGGCCACGUUGCACUGGCAUGGAAACCUGGCGGCCAUUCGUAGCUCCCGACCACAGCCGUUUGGCAACACAGGCUCUGGGCAGCCCCGACACCAGCCGGAAGCGUUCUCGCCAGUGUCGUCCCCGUCCUCGCCGCUGUCCUCGUCCUCGCCAGCUUCCCCGUCAUCGUUUUCUCCGACUUCUUCGUCUGCAGAGUCGCCAGCUGAGCCGUCCUCCCCGACUUGGUCGUCCGCCCAGCACAUGACGUUCCACCCCGUGCCCACACCCCUGUUGCCGCGACGGACCUACGCCGACGCCGCGCGAAACGGCCGUGCUCAGAACGGCCAUGCGACUGCGACGCACUCCGGCGUUGUCGGCAAGCCCGAGAAGGAGCAGCAGCAGCAGCAGCAGCAGCAGCAGCAGGUUCAGCAGAUACCGCCAUACGGGACGGCGACUGCGUUCACGCCAUAUGCUGGUAGUCGCGGUGCUGGCGGCGAUGGGGACGAUGGGCACGUGCUGGUUGGCUUCUGCCAGGUGACGCAGGAACUGGGUGCGGACAGCGUUCCGUCCCGGGCCUGGGGUGUGUGCUUCACUGCACGCGCGUCAGCUCUCAACCUGGUGUUUGCCGUCAUCGUGCACGUGGACGAGAGCCACCUGCAGGCUUACCGGCGCCAGAAGCAGCGCGAGGUGCAGCAGGAGCUGGCGCGGCUGCAGCGAACGCCAGGCCGCAGACGCAGCAGCGCACGCACACGCCGACAGCCGUUAUCGGGGCGCACGCGCACAAGCGUCGGCAGCAUUGGGAACGAGGCCAGGACUCGGAACACAGAGGGCACCAUCGCAUAUGUGGCGUACUUCCGGCCCACGACGGAGUUUGACUCGUAUUGCCUGCGGUUCAGCGACUUUACUGCAAACCAGCGCGGGCGCCACUUGCCGGAUGCGCCGGCGCUCAAGGCGUCUGCAAUCACGCGCAUUGGGUUCUCCAUCACGCGCAGCACACAGACAAUUGAGGCGGAGGAAGGCGACGUCACGCCCUUCGACCUCUACAUGAAACCAGCGUGGCACUUUGUCAUCUAACGUAAUCAGGCUGCUUGCUCUUGUUUAUGUGUGCGUGUGUAUGCGUGUGCGUGUGUGUGCGUGUGCGGUUGUUUGUGUGUGCGG